UUAAAGUUGAAAGGUCAUUUAAUCAUGGCGGCAAGCAAGCGAGUGUUGUAUGUUGGUGGGUUGGCAGAGGAAGUGGACGAGAAAGUGUUGCAUGCUGCUUUUAUCCCGUUUGGAGAUAUCACAGACAUUCAAAUACCACUCGACUAUGAGACAGAAAAGCACAGAGGAUUUGCAUUUGUUGAAUUUGAGUUGGCAGAGGAUGCUGCAGCGGCUAUUGAUAACAUGAAUGAAUCUGAGCUUUUUGGAAGGACUGUCCGUGUCAACAUUGCCAAGCCAAUGAGAAUCAAAGAAGGAUCCUCUCGACCAGUGUGGUCGGAUGAUGACUGGUUGAAGAAGUUCUCAGGGAAAACUGCAGAAGAAGUCGAGGGGGAGGCUACAGGAGCAACAGCUAAAACUGUUGCACAAGAGGCUGAGCCUCCUGCGAAAAAGGGCAGAGUCAAUCCACAGGUCUACAUGGACAUCAAGAUUGGCAACAAGCCUGCGGGGAGACUUCGCUUCCUCCUUCGGGCUGACAUCGUUCCCAUGACAGCAGAAAACUUCCGCUGCUUAUGCACCCAUGAAAAAGGAUUUGGCUACAAAGGGAGUAGCUUUCAUCGCAUCAUCCCACAGUUCAUGUGCCAAGGCGGUGACUUCACCAACCACAACGGCACUGGUGGCAAGUCCAUUUACGGUCGGAAGUUUGAUGAUGAAAACUUUAUCCUCAAACACACUGCUCCAGGGCAACUCUCCAUGGCCAACUCGGGGUCAAACACCAACGGUUCCCAGUUCUUCAUCACCAAUGACAAAACAGACUGGCUGGACGGCAAACACGUGGUGUUUGGAGAACUGGUGGAGGGGAUGGAUGUGCUUCGAGCGAUGGAGGCUCAAGGAUCAAAAGAUGGGAAGACAAAGCAGAAAGUGAUGAUCUCUGACUGUGGAGAACUUGUUUAAAUGCUAUACAUUUGAAUGAAUUUUGUGUCCGUAUGUCUUGAGAGAAUAUUCAUCCUUUUACUUCACUUUCACUUUGAAACAAAAUCAUUUGCAAUGUAAAUAACUUUCUUUCUUUUUUAAUAAACUACAACAGUUGGACAGA